AUGUCAAGUUUUGAUAUCAAUAAAGAUCAUCUUUUAUCACCUGUUGCAUUAAAAAAUCUUCUUUAUAUUUAUCGUUUAUUUGGUAAUUAUCAUCAAUAUUAUCAUCUUAUCAAAUUAUUUCCAUCAAAUUCAUUUAUUGAUAAUUAUUUAAAACCAAUAUUAUCAACAAAUACUCAAUGGACAUUUGAUUUUAUCGAUCGUGAUGACAAUUCUUCAGCUCAAUAUGAAGAAAAAUAUCAUUGGCAUGUAUACAAAGAGGUUGGUGAUGAGAUAAGUCGUGUACGUAAUAAUGAUAAUACAUACAGAAAUUCGAAUAAAUAUCGUUAUCGAACCAAAAGUCAACAAAAAUUUUAUACUUAUUUCACAUUGUAUGGUAAAUCAUUAACUAGCCGUGAUGUAAAAGAUAAUCAACUACAAAUUGUUCUUCCGGCUACACAUAGUGCAAAUAUGGAUAGAGCAGAUUCUGCAUCCAAUUAUCUUGAAAUUGAUUAUUUUGCAACAAUGACUGAAAUAAUUCAUAUUGGAAAUAUUGUUGAUGUAUUCAAUGAAAAGAAAAAAUCUAUGGAAGAACUUCUUAAUAAUUCACCAUUAACAUCUGAUGUUUGGGAAAAAACAAUGUUACUUAUUAAUUGUCCUAUGAUUAGUCUUUCAGCAGCAAUUAAUAAUGGAGAUGAAUUACCUCAUCAUGAACGUAUGGCUGAUUUAAAUAAAUAUUUAUAUUCAAAUCUACAAUUACAUCCAAUUCAUCCAAUUGGUCUAAUGAAUGCAAAACAAUUAAUAACACGAGGUGUUUCCAAAGAUUUUUCAUUAUCACUUUACGAAACUUUACAAUUAAAUGAUGUUAUGCAAAACUUAUCAACUAAUAGAAAAGAAAAUGGUGUCGAAGUAAAUUCAAUACCAACAUUAAAACACUAUUUUGAACCUGAUUGGAUAAUCGAACAAACUAAAUAUAAUAAUUAUUCGCGACUUGUUCGUAAUCAGUUUCAUAGUUUAAUUGAUAAUAAAGAAAAUACAAUUAUUGAUUCAAUUAAACAAUUGAAAAAACUACAAAAAAACGUAUCAGAAUCUUCGAAUAAACGAAAUUAUGAUGAAGAUAAUGUUACUGAAUUAGGAUUAUUAGACGAAGAAAAAAAUAAUCAAAUUAUACUUUCUGAUCUUGAACAACAAUUAUUAGGUGGUAUUUUAGAUGAAGGUACAUUAGCAAAUCGACAUGAAUGUGAUCGAGAAUUUGUUGAUUCUCUAUUAGAACGAGCAUCAUCGAAAAAUCCAAGAUUAAUUGGAUAUAUGCAACGAGCUGUAGCUUAUCAUCAUGCUGGUUUCAAUAAUAAAAGUCGAGUAGCUGUUGAAGCACUUUUUUCUAGUCGAUAUGUUCAAGUAAUUUUCUCUACGGCAACACUUGGUAUGUAA